GCGGUGAAUAUUAAUAACAAAGAACUAUUUAAGUGAAUGACGAACAGCCUUCGUCCUAGGGUUAGCUUCGGAAUAGCAACACAGGAGGACUGUCGCGUGGUUACCUCCAUUCUCUAAGUGAGUCUGCCAUGCUAUUAUAAGAUCCUACACUGUGCUGCGUUUCUCUCGCGAUACAAUCUUUCUCUCGAGCACAGCUUCAGUUAAUCAAAAAGAUAACGCAGAGCGAACAAAACAUGGAUUCAACCGCGAAAAACCCAUCGUGCCUUCUCUAUGGUCCGUUGGAUGCUCGCUUUGAGGACCGACCAAUUCCUGUUCUUUGGAAUCCACACGAUGUCAUUGUUCGAAUUGCCUAUACCGGUGUUUGUGGAAGUGAUGUUCAUUUCUGGCUACAAGGGGGAAUCCGGACCUUCGUGUCCGAAACUCAACCCCUAACAAUGGGUCACGAAGCAUCUGGGACUAUAUACGCAGUGGGCUCCGCGGUGACCUCCCUCCGUCCUGGGGACAAAGUUGCAAUCGAACCCGGCUACCCAUGCCGCCGUUGCCACCACUGCAAACACGGCCAUUACAACCUCUGUCCAGAAAUGAAAUUUGCAGCCGAUCCCCCCGUGCUACACGGGACACUUACCAAAUACUUCAUGCUCCCUGCUGACUUCUGUUACAAGGUGCCUGAGAGCAUCAGUCUCAUAGAGGCUGUUCUGAUGGAGCCUUUAGCUGUUGCCAUCCAUGCUGUGCGCCAGGCAGAUGUCAGACCUGGGAAGAGUGUUAUUGUGUUUGGCGCUGGGACUGUUGGGCUGUUUUGUGCGACUGUUGCUAGGGAGUUUGGUGCUGCUGUGGUGGUUUCUGUGGAUAUCAUAGAGCGCAAGCUUUCCUUCGCGCGGCGCUUUGUUGGUGAAUCUGUGGGGAGAACGGUCCUUGCUGAUUCAUCUCUUAACCCCGAAGAGAACGCAGCCCGCUUGGUACAAGAGCAUGGGUUAGGGGAGGGUGCUGAUAUUGCUAUCGACGCAUCUGGUGCUGAGAUGUCAGUGCAAACAGCGUUAUUCUCACUGCACAAGGGUGGAACUUAUGCUCAGGUUGGUAUGGGAAAGCGCAAAAUUGAAUUCCCAAUAUCGGAAAUGUGUGAGAAGGAGAUUACUGCUAAGGGUUGUUUCCGGUAUGGAGCUGGAGACUUUGAUUUGGGGGUGCAUCUUGUGGGAUCGGGGAAAGUGUCGUUGUCUGGACUGGUGACAAACAUCUUUCCAUUUGAGUCAGCUACUGAGGCGUGGGAAACGGCUAAGCGUGGGGAGGGGACGAAAACGUUGAUUGAAGGGCCCAAGGAUUGAACACGUGAUUAACCGGC